GAAACUGCCACUGCCGCCAGAGUGAGAGAGAAAAGUUCGCGCCAAAAGUGGUCACGGGACAAAAGGUCAGAGAGGUCAAAUCAUCGUAAACAAAACAAAGUUCAAGGGUUAACAAGAUGGCGCCGCGGUUGUAAGGGGGAAGGCGACUGCAGUAUUGUUGCUACGAAAGAGAGGUUGAAAGUCGGUGCGCCGAAUCAAGAUUACGGUAGUUUUAGAGGGAUAUUUGAGCACUACAAGAGAAGUAUGGCGGAAGGAGGAAAAGGCGCACAGAACAGUAGUAGUGACGAUAAAACAUCAGGUCCUCAGACGCCGGAGGUGACGAUGAAAAACCUAGUUGAUGCCACCACGAACCUGGCACGAGUAGUAGACGGUUGUUUCACUGGGAUAGAGCGCUUGGGAGAGAGACUGGCCACUUUGGAGGGUGAAUCUGCUGGAGAAGGAAGCCACACUGUAAGAAGAGCACUCUGGCAAUCGGAGAAGAAGUCAAUGUGGAAGGUGGAUAGCAGCAAGGGCAACCAACAAGCAGGGUCCAACCACAAGAAGGACUUCAAGAUCACAGGCCAGAUAGGUGAGCUGAGUUUCAGUUCCAUCACAUACCAGAUUAAGAGCGGGUUGCGCCAGGGGUAUACCGAAGGAGAAGUUAUUGAUGCAGUGAUCAAAGCUAUCCCACCAAGCUCACAUCUGCGGUCAUACCUGGAGGGUCAGGACCAGCUGAGUCUAGAGAUAGUAGAGCAAGUUGUCCGGGCCCACUGCUCACAGGAAACGGCGACAGAUUUGUACAGACAGCUCAGCCUUGCCAACCAGGGAGUGGGGGAAUCGCCGACUGAGUUCCUGAUGAGGGGUAUGAGUUUGCGCGACAGGGUGGUAGCAGCGUCAAAGGAAGAAGAUGGACUAUAUGACGCCAAAUUGGUCCAGGCGAUGUUCCUCCGUUCGGUACAAACAGGCCUAAGAGACAACAACAUCAGAAUGGAAAUGAAGCCGCACCUGGUAGCCAACUCCAACAGUAGCGACGUCCUACUGUUGGAGAAGAUGGGCCGAGCCAUCGUGGACCAGAAAGAACGGGACGAGAAGCUCGCAUCAACAAGCUCACCUCAACAAGUUCACGUCAACAAGAUCACUGUAACAAGCCCGCGGUGCAACCAAUGUACACAACAGGGGAUGGAGCUGUGCCGUCAUUGUUUCAGGUGUGGGGGAAACAACCACAUCGCUCGGUGGUGCCGAACACCAAACAAGAACCAGGGAAACGCUUCAGGGGCACCCCAAGGGGACGAGGGGUCGUCCUAGGCAGCUCACAACCGUCCCAGAAACGACAACAACAAACAACACCAAAUAAUAACAAUCAACAGCCCUCGGUAACAAAAACUAACAACAAACAACAACAACAAACAGCAACAGCAAACAACAAUCAACAGCAAUCGGUUCACGUCAACGCCAUGACUGCGUCACAUCUAACACCAAAACAAAGAACUAAAAUAACAAAGUUAGUCGGGAAUUGGUGCCUGGUGUCGUGUAAGAUGGAUGACCAGCCAGUCCUGGCAUUAUGGGACACCGGCGCACAAGUGAGUAUCAUGACAGAUACGUGGAGAGAGAAGAAUCUACCAGAGAUCAAGGUCAGACCAGUAAUAGAGAUACUUGAGGACACAGCAAGCCUCAACUUACAGGCGGCAAAUGGUACAGAG